AUGGAUAUGAAUGAUUUGAAGAACACGGUCUCCAACCUGACCUUGUAUGACCUCAAGGCAGGCUUCAGGAAGGCCCAGAAUGCUGUCAUGAACUUUACCGAGAUGGAGUCCAAGGUGCGCGAGGCCACGAACAACGAGCCAUGGGGCGCUUCGUCAACCCUCAUGCAAGAAAUCGCAAACGGAACAUUUAACUACCAAACCCUCAACGAGAUCAUGCCCAUGAUCUACCGUCGCUUCACCGAAAAGGCCGCUGAGGAAUGGCGCCAAAUCUACAAGGCCCUCCAACUGCUCGAGUUUCUCAUCAAGCACGGCUCCGAGCGUGUGAUUGAUGAUGCCAGAGGACACAUCUCUCUUCUAAAGAUGCUUCGCCAAUUCCACUUUAUCGAUCAGAACGGAAAGGACCAGGGUCUUAACGUGCGCAACCGAGCCAAGGAGCUGGCAGACCUUCUUAGCGAUGUGGAUCGUAUCCGAACCGAGCGCAAGAAAGCGCGUGCGACCAAGAACAAAUAUACUGGUGUUGAGGGCGGCUCAACCUUUGGUGGUGGCUUCUCGAGCGGCAGCUCUGGUCGUUAUGGCGGUUUUGGCAGCGAGAGCGCUGGUUAUGGUGGAGGCAGCAGCAGCGGACCUGCCAACUUUGGCGGAUACUCUGGUGGUGUCUACGGAGAUGGUGGUGGUUUCGGUGGCCAGACUGAUGACUGGCGACAAGACGGCAAUGCCAGCAGAUCUGAACGAUUUGAGGAAUAUGAUGAGUUUGACGAGGGCGAGCGACCAUCUGCCAGCUCAUCCAGAGCUGCUGCCAAGCGACCAGAGCGUGCCCCUGCCAAGAAGGCUGCCGCCGAACCACCCAAGAAGAAGGAGCCUGAAGUUGAUCUCUUCUCCUUCGAUGACCCUGCGCCAGCAUCUUCUGCAGCUCCUUCGGCAUCCAACAACUCUGGCUUUGCUGCGCUGGCCCCUACUAGUGCUGCCCCAGCGCAAGCCGACGACGACGACGAGUUCGAUGACUUCCAGUCAGCUACACCUGCUCAGGCCGCACCAUCCAACAACUUUAUGCAAAGCCCUCCUGUGACAUCGGCAGCCUCUUCCACUGCUCAGUUCGCCGCUCCUCAGCCUCAGUCGGCCCCUCAGCAGGCCGACAUUAGCCAGAUGGUUAGCAUGGCAUCAAUUUCACCUGCACCAAGCGCAUCAGGCACUCCAGGACCAAACUACUCUGCUUUCAGCAUCCCUGCUGCUCCUGCGGCACAGGCUCCCAAGCCUGCCGGCUUCCAGCAAUCCGGUCCCAACUACUUUAGUCCCGUCCAGGCACAAGCUUCCAAGCCCCCCACAACAUCUGCCUUCUCGGGCAUGGGAAGCACAUCCAACGCUGCUCCCAGCACCCCCACUACUAUGGGUAACAUGAAGCCUGUUACCAGCUCCUCAGCCAGGCCAGCGCCUGCCGCUGGUGGAGAUGCCUUCGGCGCCCUCUGGGGCAAGGCAAGCGGUGGUGUCAAGAAGCCUGAGACGCCCAAGGCUGGACCCGCACUGGGACAGCUCGCCAAGGAGAAGAGCAGUGCUGGAAUCUGGGGUGCUCCAUCGGCAACUGGACCUUCCAGCGGCAGUGCUCCUCCCAAGACUGGCGGCUCUGCUAUGGACGAUCUUUUGGGUUAA